GCUUCGCGUUUGAAUCUGGCUUGCCCCUCCGUAUUAUGUCUGCACUUCGAAGGAAAUUUGGGGACGAUUACCAGGUAGUGACUACUUCGUCCAGCGGCUCGGGCUUGCAGCCCCAGGGGCCGGGCCAGGGCCCUCAGCAGCUUGUGCCCAAGAAGAAGCGGCAGCGGUUCGUGGACAAGAACGGCCGGUGCAAUGUACAGCACGGCAACCUGGGCAGCGAGACGAGCCGCUACCUCUCGGACCUCUUCACUACCCUGGUGGACCUCAAGUGGCGCUGGAAUCUCUUCAUCUUCAUCCUUACCUACACUGUGGCCUGGCUCUUCAUGGCGUCCAUGUGGUGGGUGAUCGCAUACACCCGGGGCGAUCUGAACAAAGCCCACGUCGGCAACUACACACCCUGCGUGGCCAAUGUCUACAACUUCCCCUCCGCCUUCCUCUUCUUCAUCGAGACUGAAGCCACCAUCGGGUAUGGUUACCGCUACAUCACCGACAAGUGCCCCGAGGGCAUCAUUCUCUUCCUCUUCCAGUCCAUCCUGGGUUCCAUCGUGGACGCCUUCCUCAUCGGCUGCAUGUUCAUCAAGAUGUCCCAGCCCAAGAAGCGCGCGGAGACCCUCAUGUUCAGCGAGCAUGCGGUAAUCUCCAUGCGGGACGGCAAACUCACGCUCAUGUUCCGCGUGGGCAACCUGCGCAACAGCCACAUGGUCUCCGCGCAAAUCCGCUGCAAGCUGCUCAAAUCUCGGCAGACACCUGAGGGUGAGUUCCUUCCCCUUGACCAACUUGAACUGGAUGUAGGUUUUAGUACAGGGGCAGAUCAACUUUUUCUUGUUUCCCCGCUCACGAUUUGCCACGUGAUCGAUGCCAAAAGCCCCUUUUAUGACCUAUCCCAGCGAGGCAUGCAAAGUGAACAGUUCGAGAUUGUCGUCAUCCUAGAAGGCAUUGUGGAAACAACUGGGAUGACAUGUCAAGCUCGAACAUCAUACACUGAAGAUGAAGUCCUUUGGGGUCAUCGUUUUUUCCCUGUAAUUUCCUUAGAGGAAGGAUUCUUUAAAGUUGAUUACUCCCAAUUCCAUGCAACAUUUGAAGUCCCAACCCCACCUUAUAGUGUGAAAGAACAGGAAGAAAUGCUUCUCAUGUCAUCCCCUUUGAUAGCACCAGCCAUAACGAACAGCAAAGAAAGACAUAAUUCUGUGGAAUGCUUGGAUGGACUAGAUGACAUUAGUACAAAGCUUCCAUCCAAGCUGCAAAAAAUCACUGGAAGAGAAGACUUUCCAAAGAAACUCUUGAGAAUGAGCUCCACAACUUCAGAAAAAGCCUACAGCUUGGGAGAUUUGCCAAUGAAACUUCAACGAAUAAGUUCAGUUCCUGGCAACUCAGAAGAAAAACUGGUAUCUAAAACCACUAAGAUGUUAUGUGAUCCCAUGAGCCAGUCUGUGGCUGAUUUGCCACCAAAGCUUCAAAAGAUGGCUGGAGGAGUAUCUAGGAUGGAAGGAAAUCUUCCAGCCAAAUUAAGAAAAAUGAACUCUGAUCGAUUCACAUAACGAAACACACCUUUUAGGCAUUAUUUAAUGUUCAAUUUAGUAAUAGUCCAGUAUUUGGCUGGCAAGGUAAUGCCCCCUAAGGAAUCUGAAAGAUACAUUUUUCUCUUGGUCCUAUAUGCAUAUUUGAUACCCUUUCCUUCUCAAGUGUUGCUACUGUGCAGAGAGUGAAAGUUAUGAAGGGAGGACAUUAUAAGGAAGUUCUUCUAACGGGCAUGUAUUAUCACAUCAAGCAUGCAAUAAUGUGCAAAUUUUGCAUUUAGUUUUAUGGCAUGAUUUAUAUAUGGUAUAUUUAUAUUGUAUAUUCUGAAAAAAUAUAUAUAUAUAUAUAUAUUUAAAGGGGUGGCACUCUCCCCUAUAUUUCUUAUAUAUGUAUUAAGCCAAACAUGAGUGGAUAACUUUCAGGGUGAUAAAACUGUGUGUGUGUGUGUGUGUGUGUGUGUGUGUGUGUGUAUACACACAUAUAUACAUACAUAUAUAUGCAUACACACAUAUCUGAAAAUUGUGAUGUUUUGUUUCUAAGUUGUAGUUCUUGUGCAUGUUUACUUUAUUAGACUAGGAAGGCUACUGGCAUUAAUUAAGUAUUAAUACCAAAUAUUUUAGCCUUAAGUUAUUUGUCAUUUAAAAAAAUCUGAUUUCAUGUUUUCUGCUCUUUAAUGUCCUAGAAGAUUUUCAACUGUACUUUAUAUGAGAGAGUCACACAAGUUUGUACUACUUAUGACCCUACAAAAAUAUAACUAUUAUAUAUUUAAGUUGUAAAUUUUAGAGGAUACCAAUACACAGUAUAUCAUUGAAUUUUUUCUUUUGAUUUUUAAAAGUUGCUAGUACUGGGGAAAAAUAAACAGAGAAUAAUUUGAGAAUUGGUCACUUCAUGGAUCAAUUAAAAUCUGGAAAUUUGUUCUGCAUGCAAUUAACAAAUAGGAGCUCUGAACAAAUGCUAAAUCAUGAUAAUAGUAGCCAAGUCAUGUUGAAUAUAUCAGAAUCUGUGUGAAAUUACACAAGUAAUGGUCCCUGUUUCAAAUGGAGUUGAUUGGAAAUAUUUUAACUCCUUUUCUGGAAUUUUUGUCAUUUUAAAAGCCUAUAAUUUAUCCAUAAGGAGAGAUGAGGAUGCAAUGAAGACUGAUGAUAAACAUUCACACUUAAACUCUGUAUGUCUAAUUGAGUCUCUUUUUUAUGCUGUUCUCUUGUUUAUGGCAUUUGUUGUAGCAAGAUAGACUUGUUUGCUUACUGGGGAACCUGUUCCGUGCCUGUCACUCAUAGUUCAGGAAGAAUGUUGUGUACAGAAUGGAGAGAAAUUUAAAUGAGAUCAAUUGAAGAUAGUUUACUUGAGUUUAUUGUCUUGAUAACCACUGAUUUUACUGGUGUCUCAGGUCCCUGGCCUAUCCAGAUAAUUUUAGUAGUCCUAUUUUUCUAACUCCCAAGUUCUGAUAUUUGUCACUCAUUAGAAUCAUAACUACUGAUCAAUAGAACAUCUCCAAAAUAAAGAUUUGAAAUAGAUUUUUAUGAACAUAUAGGAGAUAUCCUUAUCAGAUUAAGAUGGGUUUUCCUGUAAAACUUCUUUGGGCAUUGUAACACUAAGUCUACUCCUCCUCAAUGAUAUAUAAAUCCUGAGUGGCUAGCCUGGGCUCUCAUCAUUUCCCGUUUUUAUCAACCCUGUGAUGAUUUUCUUAUUGGCAAAGUAUUACAUCAACAAUUCUAUCAUUGACUACAAUAAUACCUUCUGGCUACCUCUGUAUCAACCAAAUUCUGUAGGUGCAAACAUAUAACAGGGCAUUUUUACUGGCAAAAUGAUCAACUUUGAGUAUCCAUCCACUGUGAAUAAGCGAAUUGCCCUAUUCUUUGAUUCCCAAACCAUCUUAUUUUCUGGAUGUAGAAAAUGAAAUAUUGGUAGAAAAGGAAAGGGGUCCAUUGGAUCUGAAUUAUUAGCAGUGGAAGAAACCACAAAGAUCAUUUAGUCCAAUCACUUAAAACUAAACGGAGCCAUAAUUUAAUUUGGAGAAUCAUUUUAAUUUGUCUUUGGUACCAGGGAGAAGAUGGAACCAAAAACAAGCUCUCAGAAUGCAUUAAUUCAUUCAACAAAAUUUUGGCGUGCAUUUUUUGUUUUAGGCAUUUUUUUUAACUCCUGGGGAUUUGGACAUGGCUACAACAGAGAAAGCCACUACUUAUCAUGAACCCUGCAUUUGAGUAGGGGAGUGAGAAGGGGGCAUUCGGGAGACAAACAAUGAUCAAAUGAGAUAAUUUCAGUCAAGAUAUCAAAUAAGGGAAUGAUAACGGGGGGUAAUAGGAUGGACAAUGACUGGGUCGGGUAAGAAUUGAUCGUUUUAAAUGGAGUGUCUGGCUUGGGGAGGAGGUGAUAUUUGAACAGAGACCUGACUGGUGAGAAAGAACCACUGUUGCCAAAAUUAACUUAUAUGAAUGAAUGCUAUUCCUUUAUCUUUUCCAGAUAUAUAUGGGAAAGGUGUGAUUUCUGCAUGUAAUUGCAGCUUAACCCUUAUUGCUAGGUUGAUCAUAAGUCCCAAUUUUGGGAGGGAGAUUCCCAGUUCAUACCUGUUGUACCAGUGUAAUUAAUAGUAUUCUCUUUCACUCGCAAAAUGUCCUAGUUUGGAUGAUAUAUUAUAUGGUCACCCUACCUUUUUUGUUGAAACUAAUUAUGAAGUCUGUUAUAUUUGGUUAAAAAUAA